AUGGAUGCUCUCAUUUGGAACAUCAUGUCAGUAAACACUCAACAAGCCUUUGAAAGGCUAAUCAAAAUGCAUAGGAGAAAUCAUUAUCAGUUCAUAGGAUUGAUGGAACCCAAGCAGCAAGCUAGGACUUUGGAGAGGUACACAAAUAGAAUUGGAUUUUCCCAAGCUAUGUCCAAUGUUUCAAACAAAAUUUGGUUAACCUUAAAGCUUAAUCAUACAGAAUCUAAGGUAGAAUUUGUUCUUACAUUGGUAUAUGCCAAGUGUGAUGCAGUUGAAAGAAUAGAAUUAUGGGACUCAUUGUAUGAUAUAGCAAGUGACAUUAAUUUACCAUGGUUGGUAGGAGGUGACUUCAAUGUCAUUUGGGAUGAGGAGGAAAAAUUUGGAGGUCUUCCAAUACAUAUUAAUGAAAUUGAUGACUUUAGGCAAUGUAUUAACACCUGCAAUCUUUCUGAUCUGGGAUUCAAGGGUAGUAUUUACACAUGGUGGAAUGGUAGAUUAGAAGAGGAUUGUAUCUUUGAGAGACUAGGUAGGUGUGUGUCCAACUCUGAGUUUCAGCAGACCUUCCCAGGUAUAGAGGUACAACAUUUACCUAAAAUAGGUUCAUAUCACAGUCCAUUAAAACUCAAGUGUCACAAAGAGACUCCUCCUGUGAAGAAGCCAUUUAGAUUCCUGAAUUUUUGGGUGGAACAUGCUUCUUUUAAAGAACUGGUGAAGGAGAACUGGAAAGCUGAUUUUAGUGCCAAUCCAUUCAUCAUCUUCAAUCACAAAAUGAAGAAAUUGAAAAAGGCCUUAUCAGUGUGGAGCAAGGAGACUUUUGGAGAUAUUUUCCAGAAGGUUGCAAGCUUGGAGGAAGUUGUUCUUAUUCAUGAAGCUGAGUUUGAAGCAAAUCCCACAAAGUUAAACAGACAAAGAUUACAAAAGGUUCAAGCAGUUUUGAUCAAGUUCUUAGCUUUGGAGGAAAAAUACUGGAAACAGAAGACAGGGAUGGCUUGGUUCAAGGAUGGGGAUAGGAACACCAAAUUUUUCCAUGCUCACGUAAGAGGCAGAAGGAAGAAGCUACAGUUAAACAGAAUUCAAAACAGGCAAGGAGUGUGGAUUGAAGAGGAGGAAGAAAUAGCUGCAGAAGCAAUCAAGGUUUUUGAAGAGCAAUUUACAGAAAACUCAAUCCCUACCUAUUUUCAUAUCAUAGACAAUGUUCCUACAUUGAUUGACAUGGGGAAGAAUGAAGAACUAAUAAAGCAGCCAACUAUGGAAGAAGUGAGGGCAGCUGUGUUUGGAUUGAAUGGAGACAGUGCAGGAGGUCCUGAUGGCUUUACAGGCAAAUUUUAUCAGUCCUGUUGGGAGAUUAUUGGAGAUGAUUUAUUUGACAUGGUUAGAGCCUUUUUCAAUGGUCAUGACUUGCCAAAACGUGUUACACACACCAACCUUGUUCUGAUUCCAAAGAAGAAAGAAGUAUGCACAUUUUCUGAUCUUGAUAUUAAGGGUAAUACAUGA